AUGCAUGCCCCGUUCUGGUUGUGCCUUAUGUUCCUGGACAUUGGUAUCGUGGUAAGAGUUUACCUCUCAACAGCAACAACUAUUGCAGCUACUGCAACACAGACAGAUGACCCCGCAACAGCAACAACUAUUGCAGCUACGACAACACAGACAGAUGACCCGGCAAUAGCAACAACUAUUGCAGCUACUACAACACAGGCAGAUGACCCCGCAACAGCAACAACUAUUGCAGCUACUGCAACACAGACAGUUGACCUCUCAACAGCAACAACUAUUGCAGCUACUGCAACACAGACAGUUGACCUCUCAACAGCAACAACUAUUGCAGCUACUGCAACACAGACAGUUGACCUCUCAAAAGCAACAACUAUUGCAGCUACUGCAACACAGGCAGAUGACCUCUCAACAGCAACAACUAUUGCAGCUACUGCAACACAGACUGUUGACCUCUCAACAGCAACAACUAUUGCAGCUACUGCAACACAGACAGUUAACCUCUCAACAGCAACAACUAUUGCAGCUACUACAACACAGACAGAUGACCCCGCAACAGCAGCAACUAUUGCAGCUACUACAACACAGACAGAUGACCCCGCAACAGCAACAACUAUUGCAGCUACGACAACACAGACAGAUGACCCCGCAAUAGCAACAACUAUUGCAGCUACUACAACACAGGCAGAUGACCCCGCAACAGCAACAACUAUUGCAGCUACUGCAACACAGACAGUUGACCUCUCAACAGCAACAACUAUUGCAGCUACUGCAACACAGACAGUUGACCUCUCAAAAGCAACAACUAUUGCAGCUACUGCAACACAGGCAGAUGACCUCUCAACAGCAACAACUAUUGCAGCUACUGCAACACAGACUGUUGACCUCUCAACAGCAACAACUAUUGCAGCUACUGCAGCUACUGCAACACAGACAGUUAACCUCUCAACAGCAACAACUAUUGCAGCUACUACUACACAGACAGAUGACCCCGCAACAGCAACAACUAUUGCAGCUAUGACAACGCAGACAGAUGACCCCGCAACAGCAACAACUAUUGCAGCUACUACAACACAGACAGAUGACCCCGCAACAGCAACAACUAUUGCAGCUACGACAACGCAGACAGAUGACCCCGCAACAGCAACAACUAUUACAGCUACGACAACGCAGACAGAUGACCCCGCAACAGCUGUUGAAACCUCUGUUACACAACAGAGAGGCGAAGCAGAUGACAAAAAGCUCUUUGACAAUUGUUACAACUCACGACGACCUGAUUCAGAAAAUCUAGGGAUGGUUUUCGAAAAAGCAGCCAAAGACACAACACUGUCCGCGAGUAACCCCGAUGUCGAGGAACUCUAUUCGGCAACUUCCGGGAGCUGCGCCGAGCUGUGUGCAUCGCGUCAGACCUGCGUGCUGUACAGCAUCAGCAACACGGGCACCUGCAGGAUCACAUCCGCAUGUCGGCCUCAAGUGGAGAGUGAAACUGGCUCGGUAGUUCUGUUCCUCAAGUAUUGGGGAUGAUCCUUGGUCGCCAUGAUAUAGCUGGAACACUUUUCAUCACAGGUCAUGGACGUUUCCACAUGAAUGUUGAUGUUUGAUCCGUCGGCACCAUGACCAUGUUAAGCGGUUCACCUUGAACACCCAUCCAGCAUCAAAAUGGCGCAUCGUGAUAAAUAUGAAAUAGCUUAACAGAUGUGUUUAAAUAUAGAGACAAGCGACAAGGUCAAAUUAUAUUGAGAUGAAUUUUGAUUAGAAUUCGCAUUUUAUAGGAAGUUGUUUGAAUGUACUUAACAUACACCUUGUCGCGGACACCCGUCUUCAUUACUAUUUUGAUAGUUAUUCACAAACACAUGCAUGUGAUAUAGUCAGACAAAGCUGACUUAGCGCUGUUGUUAACAUUAACAUUACAAGUACUUAGUUUCUUGACUCAUUCGUCUCCAUGAUUAUGCAAUCGAUUGUUCCUAUUUUGACGUAAUGUGUUCCCGUGUUUGUGCUGCAGGUGAACACUUCACUUGCGCUUGCAUGUGUUUGGUACGAGUGCCACCUAGAGGUCAGGAUAUUUUCUAGCGAACAUUGUGCCACCACCAGGUAAUACUGAUUUGUCCUCAAAAUAUUGGCGGGAUCAGGCGAUACAGUUGUAGAUUUAAUAUGGAUAUAGAAAAGGGUCAAUGUUUACGUUCAUGUACAAGUACAUAACUCACAUAAGUAUUUAUUAUUUUGUUUUAUUGCAUUCCUCCUUGAAACUGUUUCUGAAAAUAAACUUUCACCUUUUUACCUCUUA